CCUUUCGGACACCCUUAUCUCUUUCAUAAUCUUGCUUUUCCUUAUUUGUUUUUUAUUUGAAUUAUAUUCAGUGUAGAAAAACACUCACAGAUGAGUACAGUUGUUGGAGCGGGCCGUCUGCUAAUCAGGUCAGAUACUCCAGUCUGCACAUCCAAGUAUCCUUGGUACUGAACCCCAGUUACCCCUGAAUGAGUGUGUCUGCGUAAAUGUUGAGCACAGAAAAAGGAACUUGUGUGAAUGCGUUUGUGUGAAAGUGUUUUGAGUGCUCAAUUAGAGUAAAAAGGUGCUGUAAGUAUCAGUCCAGUUACCAUACCAGCCUGUAAGAGCACCUUAAUGCUAACCAGGACAAAGAAAUAGUUUGCAGGCUUGCAGAGAUCUCUCAGCAUGACUUAAAAUGUGAAAACUGUGUAUUUAUACAGUAUAAUAUACAGUAUACAUUCUCAACUCGGUGUCAAGUUGAUACUUCCGGUGAGGCCUUUCACAAUCAAACUUAAUGGUAAAAUAAUAGCGCGGAUAAAUUACUUUAUAUCCCCCCAAAUAAAAUAAUUCCCUAUAAAAUCCGAAAAUUUGUGUCUAAAUAUUGUCAGCCAUCCAAACUUUGUGUGGCACCUUUUAUGCACGUUACCGAGUUCAAAGUUGACACGCUAAGACAAAAAAGAAUUUACAGUAAUAAAUGACCCCAUCAAUAAAGAUUAGGAAGUAACCUUUCAAACAUUGUGUGCUUUUAUUCUGGAAAACCUGAACCAGGAAGCAGAGCGUGGAUUUGUGUUGUGAGUGGUCGGCAUGAGUUUGUUGGGGGUUUUCAGCACAGUAACACUGCGCAGAGCAGCAGUUGGUUUCCUGAUGGGGUUGUAGAUGCGGAGUAAACACGCUCGUCUGUCGGGAUGGCGGAUCUGGAGGCGCGGGUCUGCGCCGUUUUGGAGGUGAUGGUGAACGCGGCGGUGUCAGAGAUGACCAAAGUCAUCGGCGGCUCCGACCCCGUGCGUCCACAGGCGGCUUCAUGUGCGGCUGAAGACGCGCACGGGUCCGCGGAGGAUAAGGUGAUCCAGCUGAGCGUCUUCAUGUCAUCUCUGGCUCAAGAAGCCGUGGAGAAGAUCUGCCAGCUCUUCCACGACUGUUCGUCUGUGCUGCAGCUCGAGGUGAGGCAGGGUGUGGCUGCGAUCGAGGAGCUGAAGAGGAAACUGGAGGUGGCGGAGACGGAGCUGAAGCUGGCGCUGGAGGGCAGCGGAGGUCAGAAGGAGGCGGAGGAGCUGACGGAAGGAGGCGGCGGGCAGAAGGAGGGGGGGAGCAGCAGAGGAGACACGGAGGUCGUUCAGAUUGAGCAGCGCCCGGGGAGGAAGACUCGCAGAGGUGCAGCGAGUGGCGAUGCUGGAGUGAAGAGAUCGCCUAUAAUUCAUCUGUGGAAAGGAAGAACAUACGAUGACAGCAUCCAGCCUGUUAUAAUAAAAGAAGAAGGAUUUGAGUGCUCAGCUGAUCACAUGUCUCCAGAUUCGGGUCAGUGCAGAAAUGAGUUCUGGCAGGAUGACGAUGACCCCGACUACCAGGUGGAACCAGAUGAUCCAGAUGAUGGUGACCCAGGAUACACCACCAGGUCCAAAUGCGCUGUGAAGCCCAAGUCUCAUCAAGCUCAAGCAAAGAAGGAGAGCCAGCCUCUGAGCUGUAAACACUGCAGGAAGACCUUCACCAAGCUGCUGCAGCUCAAAGCCCACCAGGCCGUCCACGGGGCCAACGCAGAGAAGCCCUUCCGGUGCUCUGAGUGCGGCCGAGGCUUUUCGUUCCAGCGAAGCCUCGGCGCUCACAUGUUACUGCACACAGGUGAGAGGCCACACACCUGUGACAUUUGUGGGAAAGGUUUCACCCUGAAGCAGCUCCUGAGGAACCACCAGCGUCUCCAUGCCGACGUGCGGCCGUACCGCUGCGAGCAGUGUGGGAAGAGCUUUUACCGGGCGCACGGCCUGAAAAUGCACCAGAUGGUCCACACCGGGGAGCGCGCCUAUAACUGCCAGUACUGCAACAAGCGCUUCACAAUACAAGGAAACCUGCAGCGGCACCUGCGCAUACACACCGGCGAAAAGCCGUUCAGGUGCAAGACCUGCGGCAAAAGCUUCAACCAGGCCGACACUCUGAAGGGCCACCAGCGCAUUCACACCGGUGAGCGCCCCUUCAGCUGCGACACCUGCGGCAAGCGCUUCAUCCAGAAGAGUGCGCUGAAGAUGCACCAGAAGACCUCUCACUUAGACGAGAAGUCGCUGGCCUGCGUUGCAUGCGGCACCACGGUGGCCUGCGUCGACUCGCUGCGCAAACACCUCCAGACGCACGCGGCGACCAUCCCGUGCGCCUGCGUGCUCUGCGGCCAGCGGCUCAGCUCCAUCACCGAACUACGCUCGCACCAGCAGCAUCACACGGUGGACAGGCCUCACAGCUGUGGGCUCUGCGGCAAGAGUUUCAAGUCAUCCAGUUACCUGAAGAUUCACCUGAAAACACACAGCGGGGAGAAGCCGUUCUCCUGCGACAUCUGCGGUCGCAUGUUUACACAGCAAAGCAGCCUUAAGUCACAUCAGGUGGUCCACACCGGUGAGAAACCGUUCAGCUGCGCCACCUGCGGGAAAUGCUUUAGCAACACCGGCAACUUGAACCGACACCAGCGCAUCCACACCGGCGAGAAGCCUUUCAGCUGUGACACGUGUGGGCGGAGCUUCAACCAGGGCAACAGCCUGAAGGCUCACCAGCAGAUUCACACCGGGGAGAAACAGUUCAUGUGUGACAAGUGCGGGAAGAGUUUCUCCUACCUGAGGAACCUGAAGGACCACAAGUGCUUUUACAUCUGAAGCUGAUCUGUGAUUUGGUGAUUAUAACGUUGGCUUUCAGGUAGAUGCAGGGUGGGAUUCGUGAUAGUGUAAAAACAGUGUGAAGACGGUUACAGCACGUGUCUGUAAGGUAGAGGGGGAGAGUUUUAGCUCUUUAUGUGAAUGCAUGUAUGAGCAGAACCAAGUAAAGUGUGGGGUCAAAGUUAUCUUCAGCUUUUUGCCUUUUUAACUUGAUGUAAAUGAAAACUCGAGAAUUUUUAACCACAGUUGGCGUUAAGGAGUCCAGGAAACAGCUGAUCCUUAUUAAAGACCAGCUGUUUUGCAGCUGAUGGAUCAUCGUUUUUACCCUUUGGUGGUGAUUUUUUGUUACAAUGAAACACUCGCAGAUGUUCCCCGAGAGCUCCAGCUCGGUGUAACGUUUCGAGCUCUUUGCCAGUGCGACAGCGGUUGUGACUUUUCUUACCAUCCGAGUAUUUCCUGUCAGAAUUUGUACCGACUCACCAGGAGCGCUGGCGAUGAGGAUGCUGUGUUCACACUGCAUCUCAUUCAGUGCAGCCGCUUUGCUCUGUGGAAGCACUCGUACAGUUUAUUCUUCCACUGUUCGCUGGACGUAUGAGCGGCUCCUGCGUUCAGGUUUUAGCUUCCACAGACAGGAUUGUUUUUGCAUCUGCAGUCAUCAUUGGCUCUGUUUUUGGGCGUCCUGCCUUUCCUCAUGUACACAUGGAAAGCCUACAGCUCGACUCCGAGGCCUGUUAGGAACAAUGCUGUGCUCAUUAUAGCGUUAGUCUGUGGGCAGCUGUUAAAUUACGUUCCUCAUCUGGGCUGUAAAACCGGGAUGUCUGAGCUCAUACGUCGCCCUUUUUCAGAAUUUUAAACACUGAGGCUGAUAUUUACAACGGUGCAACUCAAAGAGUGUCUUUUUACUUCAGACAUCUCCAGUGAUGAUGGUUAUUACAUAAAUGCCUUGUAUGCACACAAAGAACCGGUGUGCUGAGAACAUAACGUACUCAAACUGUUAUUUUGUAAAAAUGUUUCAUCUGUAACUUCUCUUGUGGAGAGGAUAUUUAUCUCAACUUUGUGACUGAGUUCAGUUCAUAAACACUGAAAUGUAAACAUGUUU